AUGGCAUCGAAAUAUGAUUUCAUCGUAGUUGGCAGUGGCCCUGCAGGCAGUGCAACAGCCUCUGCUCUGGCACGAGCGGCCAGCCAUCCCAAAGUGCUGCUGCUUGAAGCUGGUAGCAGCAACAGCGACCGCAACCUCCGUGUCGACGGCAAGCGGUGGCUGACCUUCCAGAAUCAAGAUAUGAACUGGGGCUACAAAACGACACCCCAGAUUCAUUGCAAUGACCGUCAAAUUGAUUAUUCCCGUGGAAAAGGAAUGGGGGGCUCGAGUGCUAUCAACUUUGGGGUUUAUAGCGUUGGCGCUCGUGGGGAUUAUGACGAAUGGGCAAGGAUCGUUGGUGACGAUGCGUUUCAAUGGACGAGCAUGCAGGAGCGAUUUAAGAGCCUUGAAACUUUCCACGGCAACCUUCCAUCUGGUAUUGACAAGAAGUAUGCGAAUCCAAAGCCUUCAGACCAUGGCAGCUCAGGUCCGCUCCACGUUGGCUUCGCAAGUGAGUGGGAAAGGGACCUUCCAGCAAUGCUCGAUAUCUUCGAAGGCGCUGGAUUUCCACUGAACCCAGACCACAACUCUGGAAAUCCGAUUGGGAUGUCUGUUUUUAUAAACUCAACUCACCGGGGCCUGCGGUCCACCGCCGCGGAUCUGCUCGUUCCACUGCCAGAUAACCUGACCUUGCUCGUUGAGACACCAGUGCAACGUCUUAUUCUAAAGGAUAAUAGAGCUGUGGGAGUUGAGUCUAAUGGGAAAUCAUAUUUUGCUUCCAAAGAAGUAAUUCUCGCUGCGGGUUCCCUUGACACACCGAAGAUUCUCAUGCACUCAGGGAUCGGACCCGCGGACCAGCUAGAAGCAUAUAAUAUUCCCAUUGUACGUUCCGUGCCUUCAAUAGGUCGGGGCCUUCGCGACCACUGCUUUGUGCCCUUGGUCUACAAACGCGUGGAAGGAGGUACCGAUCGAGCGGCAUUCUAUGGAGACGAAAAAGUGAUGGAUGCUGCUCUUGACCAGUGGAACCAGGAUGGAACAGGUCCUUGGGCAAAGUUUGCCUGCCAAUUGGGCGUUGGAUGGUUCAAAUUGGACCAACUUGUGUCGUCGAAAGAAUUCAAGGACCUCCCAGCCGACGAGCAGAAGUACUUGCUGGGUGAGACUGUUCCUCAUUAUGAAAUUUUGACUCAUUUCCCUGUCCACUGGUUCAUUCCUGAAUUCCCCCAGAGCUCGCUGAGCUAUUCAUGCAUGCUCGUUUUUCUCUACAAUGCACAGACUCGCGGAGAUGUGUUACUUCAGUCUUCAGAUCCAGAUGCGCCUCUUCUGUUUGAUCCAAACUUCCUGGCUCACCCAUAUGACCAACGUGCAGCCAUUGAAUCUUUACGUGAUGCGUUCAGGGUUCUAAAGAGCGAUGCUUACGCAAAGGACAAUAUAGCAGAGCUAGCUGCUCCGAAGUCAGAAUCCGAUGAGGAUUUGUUGGAAUAUUGGAGGCAAAAUGUUUCCUCUAGCUGGCAUAUGACAGGCACAGUAAAGAUGGGUAAGCCUGAAGAUUCGGAUGCGGCCGUCAACUCCAAAUUCCAGUUGAUGGGCAUUGAUGGUCUUCGUGUUGCGGAUUUAAGUGUGGCCCCUGUGUUGGCAAACUGUCAUACCCAGGCUGUGGCAUAUGCCACGGGGCUGACAUGUGCGGAAAAGUUGAUUGAAGAGUACGAGCUGUAG